AUGUGCUCAUCGAACAGUAUUCUCGCAUUCCUUUUCGUCUUCGUCAUCGCCGCCAAAGCGCUGUCGGCGGUUCAAAUCGAGAAAAUGAGCAUGGUCGAGACGCUCAAAUGUCUCAAGUAUCUCAAAUCAAAGGGGAAACAAGUGUAUGUCGGGUAUGCUGGUGCGAGUAACAUCAUUGGUUUAUACGAUGCCGAUGGUAUCAAGGUGAGCUGCGAUGAGACGGAACAGCAGCGAAUACGCGAAAAAACCGAUCGCCGAUGCAUUUUCUCGCCGAUUCAUUGUCUGUUCAACAAGCGCAUCAAUAAUGCGAAGCUGCUCGCCAAACCGCCAACCGUACACCAUCACCUCUCAAAUAUUCUGUACCCGAGUAGACGGAAAUAA